ACUAAUGAGUUUACUUAAAACCAGAGCAUUUACCCAAAUUUCUCGACUUCCCACCCUCAUUAGUAACUCUGCUGAUUCCACUCGGCGCCACCCUCGCGCAACCCCCCAGACAGUCACCACACCAGCCAGCCCACGCGGCUCAGAGUUCCUCCAUCGUGGACAUCCGCUGUUUGGCAAUGGCCGUUCUUAGGUCUCAGAAAUGGGGCUAUGUCCGAAUCAUCGUCGGAACCAUUCUCGGCGGCAUUCUCGGCUUCUACGUCAUGGACCGCGUCGACAAAAGCUACAAGGAGAAAAUGAAUGAGGAAUUGAAAAGGUACGAGGCCGAAUUGAAGAAGAGGGAGAAGAAGAACCAGCUCGAAGAAUCCCUAUAGCUCUGCAUUUUCCUUUUACAGUUUGUUCUUUGUUCUUUUUUUGUUCCCUGUUUGGUUGGCGAGAAAAUCUGUGAAAAAUAAAGAAGUAAAUUAUCAAUUUCACUUCUUUUAUAUGACGAGAUUCCGAAUUAGCCUUGUAAGCUAUCAAGUUUUGAUCUUACAUUUUCUUACAAAAAAUAAA